AUGUAUUUCGCUUUAACGACAUUUAUUACAUUAGCAAGAAUCUUGCUAAUUAAAGACGCCCUCGAUAAUGCGCAAGAAUGUGAAGAAGAUUUAGUAGUAAUAGUGAGUUCGUUAAAGAUAGGUUGGGUAACCAGUUUUAUUGGUCGAAGCACUUUGACUGGAACCAGUACCUUAUCCAGAAAGUGUGGAACUUUUGCAGCUGUUACCAAGGAAUCUUCUGGUUCACAUAUACAGAGUGUGCCAGCGAAAGCUGCGUUUGCGAGAGAGAAGGAAACUGAGGAAAAGGCUU